AACCGCUCACCAAUCGACCGCUUGAUUGGAGGAGAUAAGGCUAUCCGCCGCGGUCGGAUCUUUGAAUUAAAAAAAAAAAUAUUAUUAUAGGCCUUUACGGUAUUUAUAUUACAUUUUGCACAAUGCGAUGAUAACGUCACGCAGGCAUUGAUAUUUAGGUUUGAAGAUAAUUUAAAAAAAAGACGAUGCCUGGUGAAGCGCGGUUCCAUCAGUGCGCCUCUAUUGCAGGUCAUCUGAAAACAACAAUAGAUAUAUCAUGUCGUGUUUGAGCGUCGCAUGCAGCGCUGUUAUUGUCCUGUUCGGAGCGGUUUGCAGCGUUUUCAUAUUCUGUGAGUAUCUGAUUUAUUACGCCGCGAUAUUACAGUGUGGUUGGCCUGGGAUCGACCAUGGUGCCCCGGCGAGUGAGAGGAGCGCAGACGGCCAACCAGAGCCGGAGGUUCUCCGCGCUAUGGUGCUGUCAGACACGCAUCUCCUCGGCGCUGUCGGAGGGCACUGGUUCGACAAACUGCGAAGGGAAUGGCAGAUGGAACGAGCUUUCCAGACCGCCCUGGCCCUGCUCCGACCUGAGGUCGUCUUUAUACUGGGGGAUGUGUUCGAUGAGGGGAAAUGGAGCUCUCCGAAGAACUGGGAGGAUGAUGUCUGUCGCUUCCAGAAGAUGUUUAGACAUCCCAGUGACACAGAGCUGGUAGUUCUGGUUGGAAACCACGACAUCGGCUUCCACUACGAAAUGGACUGGUUCAAGUUACAGCGCUUUGAGAAGGCCUUCAAUACCACCUCCACCAGAAUGGUCACCAAGAAAGGAGUGAACUUUCUGUUGGUCAACAGCGUGGCGUUGCAUGGUGACGGUUGUCCUAUCUGCCAAUCAGUGGAGAAACAGCUUCACACACUGUCCAGGGACCUCAACUGUUCACUACUACAGAAUUCUCAGUCCAGCAUUAUAAGAGAAUACUGCCAAGACGCGUGGACCUAUCCUUCUACAACACCUAUCAUCCUGCAGCAUUACCCUCUGUACCGGGUGAGUGAUGCGGGCUGUACGGGUCGGGAUGCUGCUCCUCCUGAAGAGCGCCACCUGCUGUUCAGAGAGAAGUAUGACGUGCUGUCUCAGGAGGCCUCUCACAGGCUGCUGCAGUGGUUUAAGCCCCGCCUGGUUCUCAGUGGCCACACCCACAGUGGUUGUCAGGUUCUCCAUGACAACAAGUACCCAGAGAUCAGUGUUCCGUCCUUCAACUGGAGGAACCGCAACAACCCCAGUUUCAUACUGGGUUCGUUCUCCUCCAGUGGUUAUGGCCUGUCUAAGUGUUUCCUUCCAGAGGAGAGUACAGUGAUAGCCCUCUACUGCUCUACAGGAGCCAGCCUCCUCUUCCUCCUCCCUCUGGUCCACUGCCUGUGGAUGCGAGGCCUUUUCCGGUGCCUCAUCCUCUGUCCAAUCAGCAAACACAAGUUUCUCUGACGGUCUCAGGUAGAGGUUGUCCCUGACUGCUGAAUGAUACAGGGUGAGAUAUGGGCUACAUCCCAUCUCAAAUGGCACCCUAUUCCCUAUUAAGUGCACUACUUUUAACCAGGUUAGCCCAUAGGUGCUCUGGUAAGAAGUAGUGUACUAUGUAGGGAAUAGGGCGCAACUUGGGACGUAGCCACGCUGUCCUCCCCCUAAAGCAGAGGUGGCUGGUGCUCCUGCCCUGGGAGGCUGCCGUGGGUUUGCAGGGUUGUGCUCCACCAGGUCAUGUGAACACAGGACCAAGUCUUGCUGUUUUGCUGACAGGUUUGUUAGAGUAGGGCUGAAACAAAAGCCUGCACACCCAGUAGCCUUCCAAAAGGAAAAUUGGUCAUCCUGUUGGGAGGUAAAGUAAUCUGACUCUAGAUCUGUAGUUAAGGACAGCCUCUACCUGGAGAGAACCUGUGUGACCCCCUCCCCCCCCCCACACACAGAGACUUGGACCUUUUUGAAAUUCUGUAUUUUUCUUUCUUUCAAGCUGUGAAAUUCCACAUUCCGAAAAGAACAAAGAACAGAGUUCAGGAUAGAGAACAGGGGUCAGGAUGGAGAACAGGGGUCAGGAUAGAGAACAGGGGUCAGGAUAGAGAACAGGGGUCAGGAUAGAGAACAGGGGUCAGGAUAGAGAACAGGGGUCAGGAUAGAGAACAGGGGUCAGGAUAGAGAACAGGGGUCAGGAUAGAGAACAGGGGUCAGGAUGGAGAACAGGGGUCAGGAUGGAGAACAGGGGUCAGGAUAGAGAACAGGGGUCAGGAUGGAGAACAGGGGUCAGGAUGGAGAACAGGGGUCAGGAUGGAGAACAGGGGUCAGGAUAGAGAACAGAGUUCAGGAUGGAGAACAGGGGUCAGGAUGGAGAACAGGGGUCAGGAUAGAGAACAGGGGUCAGGAUAGAGAACAGGGGUCAGGAUAGAGAACAGGGGUCAGGAUGGAGAACAGGGGUCAGGAUAGAGAACAGAGUUCAGGAUAGAGAACAGGGGUCAGGAUAGAGAACAGGGGUCAGGAUGGAGAACAGGGGUCAGGAUAGAGAACAGAGUUCAGGAUAGAGAACAGGGGUCAGGAUAGAGAACAGGGGUCAGGAUAGAGAACAUGGGUCAGGAUGGAGAACAGGGGUCAGGAUAGAGAACAGAGUUCAGGAUAGAGAACAGGGGUCAGGAUAGAGAACAUGGGUCAGGAUGGAGAACAGGGGUCAGGAUAGAGAACAGGGGUCAGGAUAGAGAACAUGGGUCAGGAUGGGGAACAGGGGUCAGGAUAGAGAACAAGGGUCAGGAUGGAGAACAUGGGUCAGGAUAGAGAACAUGGGUCAGGAUAGAGAACAGGGGUCAGGAUGGAGAACAGGGGUCAGGAUGGAGAACAGGGGUCAGGAUAGAGAACAGGGGUCAGGAUGGAGAACAGGGGUCAGGAUAGAGAACAUGGGUCAGGAUGUAGAACAGGGGUCAGGAUAGAGAACAAGGGUCAGGAUGGAGAACAUGGGUCAGGAUAGAGAACAUGGGUCAGGAUAGAGAACAGGGGUCAGGAUGGAGAACAGGGGUCAGGAUGGAGAACAGGGGUCAGGAUAGAGAACAGGGGUCAGGAUGGAGAACAGGGGUCAGGAUGGAGAACAGGGGUCAGGAUGGAGAACAGGGGUCAGGAUGGAGAACAGGGGUCAGGAUAGAGAACAAGGGUCAGGAUGGAGAACAUGGGUCAGGAUAGAGAACAUGGGUCAGGGUAGAGAACAGGGGUCAGGAUGGAGAACAGGGGUCAGGAUGGAGAACAUGGGUCAUGAUAGAGAACAGGGGUCAGGAUGGAGAACAGGGGUCAGGAUGGAGAACAGGGGUCAGGAUGGAGAACAGGGGUCAGGAUGGAGAACAGGGGUCAGGAUGGAGAACAGGGGUCAUGAUAGAGAACAGGGGUCAGGAUGGAGAACAGGGGUCAGGAUGGAGAACAGGGGUCAGGAUAGAGAACAGGGGUCAGGAUAGAGAACAGGGGUCAGGAUGGAGAACAGGGGUCAGGAUGGAGAACAGGGGUCAGGAUAGAGAACAGGGGUCAAGAUAGAGAACAGGGGUCAGGAUAGAGGUCAGGACAGUGGAUCAGGAUAGAGAACAGACAACCUGAUCCACUAUCCUGACAACGCCAGAGGCACGGAGCCAGUGUUUUCAUACCCUCACCUUGUACAGAGAGUACUGGUCGAUGUCCUUGUUCUGGCGUUCGGAAAUGGACCAUUCAACUCCGAUGAAGGACAACUUCACUGUCAGUCAUCAAGAUGUUCCUCUCUUCGCACCAGGAAGUACAAGGUUCACUGUCAGUCAUCUAGAUGUUCCUCUCUUCGCACCAGGAAGUACAAGGUUCACUGUCAGUCAUCUAGAUGUUCCUCUCUUCGCACCAGGAAGUACAAGGUUCACUGUCUCCCAUCUUCCUCUGUGUGGCCCGUAACCAUAAAGCAACUCAGAGGAAGAGUGCUGAUCUAGGAUCAGGCUGUUUCUGUCCAGGUCAUCUUUAGGGGCUCCCGAGUGCCGCAGCGGUCUAAGGCACUGCAUCUCAGUGCUUGAGGCGUCACUACAGACACCCCGGUUAGAUUCCAGGCUGUAUCACAACCGGCCGUGAUUUGGAGACCCAUAAGGCGGCGCACAAUUGGCCCCAGCGUCGUCCCGGUUUUGGCCGGUGUCGGCCGUCAUUGUAAAUAAGAAUUUGUUCUUAACUGACUUGCCUAGUUAAAUAUAUAUAUAUAUUUUUAAAUAAUCUUGUUUAAAAGACUAACCUGAUUCUAGAUCAGCACCUACCCAGAGAGGCUUUGUGGGUAACGGGUCCUGAUCUCUAUUAUAUAUACUGAUACCAGAAGUGCAUGUCUUCAAGCAGCAUUUAAUGUAUUAAAGACACACGUCGCCCUGACAACGAUAAUGGACUUUUAUAACUGUUGUUUUCAUUCUUUUUUCUCCUCCUGUAUGCAAAUGUAUGUAAAUAUAUUUAAAUUCCUGAUGUAAAUACCAAUAAAGGGAAUUAUGUCAACAGUUU